UAUUUUCAUUGCUUCCGUUGUCAUUACCUUUGAUUGUGUGUGUGUGUAUAUUUUUAAAUGUGAUUAUCAACAAUUUAGUUUUACGUAUUCCAGGACAAAUUGUACCCUUUACCUUUUCUUUUUGUUACACUUGCCAUCGUCUGUCUUGUCGAUGCAGGUUCAUCAUUAUGGUUACCUCUUUAACGUCAAUUUUUGUCAACUUGAUUAUGCUUUUAAAUUUAUUUCUUACCCAUAACUAAUAAGGUGCUUUUAAAUCGUAAUUUAUGUUUCCGUAUUAAACAACAAUUUAUUCUUCAUUUUCAACUGUCAAUCAUCAUCCACAAUUACCAUCAAAAAAUCAUCAUCAACAAACACUCUUUCUCUUCCUUCACAAUUUCACAAUCUAAAUCACCUUUGUCUUGUCACUUUGAUGCUUUUUCAGUUCAUGUUGUUUUGUUUUGUGUUAAUGUUUAACUCUCACUUAAUUUUUUGAUCAAUUGGAUUAAUUGUGAACUACAUCAUGCUUUAAUGAACAAUGAUAUGUGCUUGAUCACUGGUAAAAUCAAUUACUAUCUCUAUACCUUACUUCACAAUCUAGAUCAGCCAAUUUGUUGAAUUAUACCUUAUUAUUCAUCCAUCAAACCAUAGCCAUUUAUUUUUAUAUUGUCAAUAUGAUUAAGUAAUUCAGCUGGUCCUGUGAUCAUGUGUAAAUGUUGGAUUCUUUACCUCAAUUUAGUUGAUAAUUGAUCUCUACCAAUAUUGUUUGGAUUUCACAUAUAAAGGCACAAAUUACUGUAACUCAGAGUGUUUUUACUUGUCUCCAAAAUUUUGUUAAUCAAGUCAAAUUGGAAAUAAUUUGCAAAUUGUCUCAACUCCAAUCACUCCUCUAUUUGGUUAUCAAGAUCAGUUAUGGUAACAAAAUUGAAAAACACAAAAUAACGUCUCAAGUUUUUGGUACCAACAAUUAAAAUUAAUGCUAAUUGACGUCGAUUACAAUUUGGUUUCUACCUUUAAAUACCACACUGAUUAUCUGUUUAAUGUUGAAGUCACCCACAAUCAACCAAACAUUUAACUUCAUCAUCUGAUCUGCAUUGUUUACAAUAUGCUUCAAAACAAAUAGCCUGAUCUUUCUGGUGUCGAUAAACCAAAAUUUAUCCAUUACCCGAUGAACCAGAACACUGAUUCUUGUAGAUAAUCAUUCCAAAAAAACCUUUUCAGACCUAAUCAUCAUGUUAUUUUGUCGAACCAAGUAUAUCAACUCAUCAGCCGAUCCAAUUAAUUAUAGACUUUCAGAGUACCUGAUGGGAGGUGUUAAAUCAAAUGGAAACAACAAUGACAUGACUGGCUUUGACUCCAUUUCAUCCUCAUCACCACCUGAACUUGAUGAUCCCGAAGCCAGAAGUCUUCUAACACCCAAUGAUUGUGACAAUAGGUUUCUCCAUUUACCCGAAGGAAUCGACUUAGCUUUACAUCGUACUAAACUAUGGUCCAAAUAUGCCAAAGAUCUGAUUAAUUACAUAGACAAAAGAACUAACUUGGAAGCUGACCAUGUUCGCAAUUUAACUAAAUUAGCUCAAUCUGUGAAACCCAUCUUAAAGGAAGAGAAAUAUCUUCCUCUUCAAUCAAUUUACCUUCAAGCCUUGGACAAUGAUCUGGACAAUAGUUGUGCCACUCUGGCCAAUUGUUCACUCCUAAUGGGACACAAAUUUAUAGAACCAUUGGCAGCCCGUCGAGCUGAACAUGAAAAAAUGCGUAAACAAAUUAAAUCGGAAUGGAAUCGUGAACUAAAGCGAACACACGAAGCACUGAGUAACCUAAGGAAAGCUCGGAUGGUUUAUUUUCAACGUAAACAGGAAUACGAAAGACUUAGAGCACUCAGUAAUUUAGCUCCAGAAUUAUCUCAUUCCAGUGAGAUGCAAGGGUCAAUUAUUGGUGGUCCAGGUGCUAUUGUUGGUGGAUGUUAUGGAGGCAGUGAUCAAGCAAGUAAAUGUGAAAGAAAGAAACGAAUCGAGGAAGAAGCUUGCCUUCGAGCUCAAGAGGCUGAAAUAAUUUAUCGAAAUGCAAUCAAUGAAGCAAAUGCAAGAACCAGAAGCUGUGAGGAAUUAAAGAAAAACUUGUUAACUCGGAUUCGUGAAUUAAUUUACCAAUGUGAUCAAACGUUAAAAGCAGUGACCAUUGGUUAUUUUGAGUGUCAACACAAUUUGUUGAAACCAAUUGUUGGACAGUUUGGAGCUCUAAGUGAUUUAACUAAACUCUAUGAGCCUGCAAGUGAAUAUGCUGAUUAUGUUCAACAUUUGCCUGAAUUUACAGAAAAAUUGAGAAAAUGUAAUGGAUCUUACGGCAACUAUAAAUUUGAUCCGUCAAUCAAUUCAAUGACAAGUAUUAAAGAGCAGCCACAAAGAGUUAAUUGUAAUAAUAAACACCAUAACCUAUCAAAUUGUCCCGAGAAUGGCGUUGACUCCGUUAAUAAGGAUCAUUUAAAAAGCUCAAAUAACAUUGGUUUACCUAUUAACUCGUCAGGUGAUGAAAUUGACGGAGUUACCAAUUAUUCAACAGUUGGAAAUGGUUAUGAAUGUACAUCAAAAAGCUCAACUCUUCCCAUAACAGCCCAAAGUCACCAUUUUCGUAAACUUAAAACACCAUCUCGAUGUCGCCAUUGUGAUGCUUAUGUUUGCUUCCAAGGCCUUGAAUGUAUCAAUUGUGGAUUAACUUGUCAUACUAAGUGCCGGAUAGAAUUGACUACAAUUAAAUGCAGUAAUAGACGAAUGCGAGGAUUGUCCAAGAAAAUGACUACUUUUGGUGUUGACUUGAAAUCUCAUGGAGACGAAAUACCUUAUAUUAUUGUUAAAUGUAUCACCGAAUUAGAUAAUCGUGGGAUAAUGGUUAAAGGACUUUACCGUGUUUCAGGAGUUAAAUCUAAAGUUGAUAAGCUUUGUCAAUUUUUUGAAAGCUCUACUGAUUCAAUUGAUAUUGAAGAUGUUCAUCCCAACGUGAUUGCAAAUGUGCUGAAGCUUUACCUUCGCCAAUUGCCUGAACCUUUGAUUACUUUCAAAUUGUAUUCUGAAUUUAUUCGUAUUGCUAAACAGUAUCCUUCAAAUGCUGAUGGUAAUGGACCUGAUUCGGAUGAUGCAUCCAUUGCUGUUCAAAUUAUCAAUCAAUUUAAACAAGUAACCCAAAACCUACCCACAGUUCAUUAUCAAACUCUUGCCUUUUUGUGCCAUCACUUGAAACGCGUUGCUGACCAAAGUGAAGUCAAUAACAUGCCAUCAUCUAAUUUAGGGAUCGUAUUUGGUCCAACAUUAUUACGCUCUUCUGAAGGUGAUUCAUUGAGUUCACUUGUUGACACGGGUCACCAAGCAAGGGCAGUUCAACUGUUGAUUACUUAUGUCGAUCAAAUUUUUGGACCAUCAGAGAAACUGACCAAUUCAAUUUAUAAUGAGAUUGAUGGAAAUGAACCAGACUUGGUGGACAAACACUUCUCUCAAAAUGAAUUAAAAGAAACAAAUCGAACCCAAAUAACCCUUACAUUAGAGGGAAAUAACAAUCUUUAUGAUAGAGGUGAAUUGAAUGAUAAACCACAGAGCAAAAAUAACAGGAUAAUCAGCAACAAUUACAGCAUUAAAAACAUUAAGAACAGUAACAACAAUAACAACACUGUCACUAUCAAUAAUAACAAUAACAACAAUAAUAAAAAUAAUAACAAGAUUAAUGAGAAUGACAAUAAUAAUGUUAUUGGACUUAAUAAUGGUGUUGAUGGAAAGCGAAGUCUAGACCGUGAAAGAUUAUCACCAACUCCUUCAAUUUAUUCAUCUUCAGCUGUAAUCAAAUUAUCUGGUCAACAAAUAAUCACUGGACCAUCAUCACUAAUACAUUCAAGUUUACCUAAUUAUGAUGACUCAGAUGAUAGAUUGAAUCGGUCUAAUGUUAUUGGUGGUUCAAGGCAUUCAUUAUAUGAAGCCAGGCGACAAUUUUUUGCCUCACCAACAUCUCUAACCUCAUCUUCAUCAUUAUCAUCUUCACCUCUUUCAACUUCAACCUCAAACUCAUCCAUUCGACCUCAUUCCCUGGUUUCAGGAUCAAUAUCAUUAAAUUCACAGAACCAUUCAACACAUCAUAAUCACAGUCAUUCACAUCACCAAUCCAUCAAACAAACAUCAUCUCAACCAUCUUCAUCGACAUUAUCAUCACCAGCUACUUCUCCAUCCAAUACAAAUGAAUUACAAAUGGCUAUGUCCAGUUUAUCCCUAACUAGACCAAGGAAAGCAUCUAUAAUAUCAAAUGGACCUUCAUUAUCUUUAGGAACCAAUAAUAAUGAUAAUUCAAAUAACAUGUUCAACACUGAAACAAAUGGUUGAUGUUUAAAUGAAAAGCCAUCAAUGGAGAGGUUAUUCAAUGCUAAAAUGAAAACUGUUUUUAGACAAUUAUCAGGUUUCAUUGUAAAUAAUCAAAAUUUUAUAUAAAAUAUGAGAUUAAUUGAUUUAAUAUCAUUCGUAAAACAUUGUGGGCUACCUUUAAAUGCCUUUCAAACUAAGUGAUCCUUAUUCAAACUUAAUCAACUUGAUAGUAACCAAAAUUGCAAGCUUUAAGGAUCUUUCAAUUUAACCACUUUGGAUGAAAUUUUAUUCUAAAACAUGUUUCUUUUUUUAUGUUGUCACUUAAUAUUUCUUAUCAUUCAUAUUUUGUUAAUAUAGAACCCUAAAUAAUCAAACUUGUUGCUAUUUUAAUUACUAUAAAAUUUAUCCAAUGUUCAAUGUAAUAAUACCUUUAUUGAUGUUGAUACAACUUUGUAAAAAAAAGACUUGCAAUAAUAUUCUCUGUUGAAUUACUAAAUUGUGAUUAAAUGGAAAUGUUACUUCAAUAU